CGGCGUGGGUGACGUUAGUUUUUCUUCCCUGUGGGCGCGCGCCCCUACUGGAACAAUUCCUGGCUACGCCUCUGCUGGAUGCUAUGGCUAAUUGCAAUCCAAAGUCAAACCAAGUGUGCUUUCACGUCAAUCUCAUCACAUGGCAAUAAAGCGGACUUGACUUUGAGUUCAACGAGGCGGCUCGACGCAAACGGCAGCCACUAUCGGCAUCGCGCUGGCUGAUCGAAAGGACAUUGACUUAGCGCUGGUGCUGAUGUUGACAGGACAGCUUGGAGCACAAAAUCUGCCUGCAUGAGCUCUCUGACUUCAAGGGCAACAAGAUGGAGAUCCAGGAGGACGACGUUCCCACCCUGUGGGCGCACGGCUUCUGCGACCGGGUGGGCAGCGUGAAGGUCCCGGGCGGAGCGUGGGUGGGCUACCAGUACCCCGGCUACCGAGGCUACCAGUACCUGCUGGAGAGCGGCGACUACCGGCACUGCAACGACUUUUCGGCCAUCCAGCCUCAGAUCCAGUCGGUGCGCCGCAUCCGCGACAUGCAGUUCCACCAGAGGGGGUGCUUUGAGCUCACCCCCGCCGCCGCCGCCGGCAGCAAGUGAAAGGGCCACGGCCCGCAUUUCUACUGACUCCUUCAUCCGGCCGGCGUCCAGCUGUCACGGCGCACUCGGCGGGCCGGCUUUCUGUGGUGCUGGUUAAUAAAAGCUGUUUGAAAAAGGC